UACAUUACACAGCAAUGUAGGCAGUGCUUCACUGGCCUGGGUGCCAGGCACAAACAUGGUGGCUGCUGUCACAACUUGCAGUCAUGUGAUUUACAAUUCAUGUGACAGCCGCUGGGUAUGAUGGGAAAUACUGCUGGAACUGUGGUGUAAGGAUGUUGGAGAGGGAGCUGUCAGGCGCAGGCUUCGAAAAGUCCAGCAACCUGAUUAAAUCUUUACCACCCGACCUGUUUGCGGAACUGUGUCAGCAAAUUGUUUCUGGUCUACAGUGUCAGAGUGUUGGGGUGGAUCAAACUCAUUUUUGUCAGAGAUUUCAAGCGACUGGUGUGGAAGCCAGCAUUGAUGAAGUUAGAAACGUGAUCAAUGCAGUGACCUGCCUGUUCAGUACUGCUGCGAAGCACAGACUUUCCAGUGAUGCACUAUACAAUUUUGUUGUAAGCAAAUACAAAUUGCCAAAGCAGAUCUUGCAAGUCAUCCGUCAUGUGUGGAAUGAGGAGGGAAAAAGUCUGUUGGAGAAUGAAGGAUCCAGAGAUUUGUUGCCAGCCUUACAACUUGUUGAUUUUCAGUGGAAAAUUGGAAUGGCCGUUAGUUCGGACAACUGUCGAUCCUUGAAUCAUCCAUAUGUGACUGUGUCAUUAAAUGUGGCAGAUUCUUCUGGUCAGGUCACAAAUAAAGUCUUUGAGAUGUCUAUUGCUGAAUUUCAGAAUUUUCACAAACAAUUUAAAGAGAUGUCUGCAGCUUUAGAAACUGUAUAAAAUGGACAGCAAAAAUCUGACAUCCUGUAACUACAGACAAAAAUGCCUGCACUUGAAUUGCUCAUAAUAAUGGGCCUUCUUUCUACCGUCUAUCAUUUUUGAGUGCCAGAAUUUGACAGGAAAUUAGCUCAGUGAUGACCACAUUUUCCAAAAAUAUGUGUAUCAGACACUUCAAGCAACAGAUAAUUCUGCAGUCCGAUGUUUGAACAUUUCCUUGUUUCUUGUACAGGUCUCUAAGGAAAUUACUUUUUAUUUUUAUUGUACUAUUAAUAUUUUUUUCUUACAAACUGUAAAGAGCCUUAAUGAAUGCUCCCUUCUACGCACAGGUUAAGAACAUUUUGUAUUGUUGAAAUGUACACAAAAUAAAGUGAUUUUGUUUCUGUAUUGUA